AUGGCAUCAGCACAGGCAGUGCAGGAGGCAGCCAUCACUGGGGAGAAGAAGAAGCUGUGGGGUGGGCGCUUCACUGGCGCCACAGACCCCCUGAUGGAGAAGUUCAACGAGUCUUUGCCCUUUGACAAGCGCAUGUGGAGGGAGGACAUCAGGGGGAGUCAGGCAUAUGCCAAGGCGCUGGCCAGGGCAGGAGUGCUGACAGCAGAGGAGGCUGAGCAGAUCGUGGAGGGGCUUGGGAAGGUGGAGCUCGAGUGGGAGGCUGGCACGUUCAAGAUUGUGUCAGGGGACGAGGACAUCCACACGGCCAACGAGCGCCGCCUGACGGAGCUCAUCGGCUCGGUCGGCGGCAAGCUGCACACCGGCCGCUCGCGCAAUGACCAGGUGGCGACGGACACGCGGCUGUGGCUGUACGGGGCGCUGCAGGACACGCGCGGGUACCUGGCCGACCUCAUAAAGACCGCCAUCGACCGCGCUGAGCUGGACGUCGACGUCAUCAUGCCGGGCUUCACGCACCUGCAGCCGGCGCAGGCGGUGAGGUGGAGCCACUGGCUGCUGGGCCACGCAGCUGCCUGGCAGCGCGAUGACAUGCGCCUGCGAGACCUUAUGCCCCGCGUCGCCACCCUCCCCCUCGGCUCCGGCGCGCUGGCGGGGAACCCAUUCGGCGUGGACCGGCAGUUCAUCGCGCGCGAGCUGGGCUUCAUUGGCGGAGUCUGCCCCAACUCCAUGGACGCCGUCUCAGACCGUGACUACGUGCUGGAUACGCUCUACUUUGUCGCCGUGCACAUGGCGCACCUGUCGCGCUGGGCCGAAGAUCUCAUCAUCUACUCCUCGGGCCUCUUCAAAUUCGUGCAGUGCUCCGACGCCUAUGCCACCGGCAGCAGCCUGAUGCCUCAGAAGAAGAACCCGGACGCGCUGGAGCUGAUCCGCGGCAAGGCCGGCCGCUGCCAGGGCAACCUGGCGGGCCUGCUGGCAGUCAUGAAGGGCGCGCCCACCACCUACAACAAAGAUUUCCAGGAGGCCUGGCAGCUGAUGUUUGACAGCGUGGACACGGCGAACGACUGCAUACGGAUCGCUACGGGAGUGUUGUCGACAAUCCGCAUCAACCCCGACCGCAUGCUGGCCGGCCUCUCCCCAGACAUGCUCGCCACCGAUCUUGCUGAAUACCUCGUGCGCAAGGGUGUUCCCUUCCGGGAGACCCACCACAUCAGCGGCGCUGCAGUGAAGAUGGCCGAGGACAGGGGCACCACACUCUUUGAUCUCACCGUGGCCGACCUCAAAACCAUCCACCCGCUCUUUGAGGACGACGUUCUUGAGGUGUGGGAUUACAACAGAUCGGCCGAGAUGCGCGACACGGAGGGAGGCGCAUCAAAGCGCAGCGUUCUGGAGCAGGCCCAGAAACUGAAGCGCUACCUGGGAGCCGAGGGGCUCUGA